CUUUGGUUCUCCGCCUGCCUUUGGACUCUUCUCCUCCUCCGCCGCCGCCUCCGCCUCCCGCGCCCUCCGCCUCCCGCGCCCUCCGCCUCCUCCUCCCGCGGCCGAGCCCUGCUCCCCGGCUGCCCGGGCGGCUCGGCCCCGCGCUCGGAGCCCGGCGGCCGGCGCUGGCCAUGCUGCUGGACGCGGGGCCGCAGUUCCCGGCGCUCGGGGUGGGCAGCUUCGCGCGCCACCACCACCACCACCCGCACCCGGCGGCCGCGGCCGACAUGCAGGAGCGGGAGCUGAGCCUGGCUGCCGCCGCGGCUCAAAGCGGCUUCGUGGACGCGGCCGCCGCCGCCGCCGCCGCGCACAUGGGCGCCUUCAAGCUCAACCCCGGCGGCGCGCACGACCUGUCCCCGGGCCAGAGCUCGGCCUUCACGUCGCAGGGCCCCGGCGCCUACCCGGGCUCAGCCGCCGCGCUCGGCCCCCACGCGGCGCACGUGGGCUCGUACUCGGGGCCGCCCUUCAACUCCCCCCGGGACUUCCUGUUCCGCGGCCGCGGCUUCGGGGACUCGGCGGCGGCGGGCGGCGGGCAGCACGGGCUGUUCGGGCCGGGCGCUGGCGGCCUGCACCCCGCGCACUCGGACGCGCAGGGCCACCUUCUGUUCCCGGGGCUCCCCGAGCAGCACGGGCCGCACGGCUCGCAGAAUGUGCUCAACGGUCAGAUGCGCCUGGGGCUGCCCGGGGAGGUUUUCGGCCGCUCGGAGCAGUCGCAGGUGGCCAGUCCGCGGACCGACCCCUACUCGGCCGCGCAGCUGCACAAUCAGUACGGCCCGAUGAAUAUGAACAUGGGCAUGAACAUAGCGGCCCACCACCACCAUCACCACCACCACCACCCCGGCGCCUUCUUCCGCUACAUGCGGCAGCAGUGCAUCAAGCAGGAGCUCAUCUGCAAGUGGAUCGACCCCGAGCAGCUCAGCACCCCCAAGAAGAGCUGCAACAAAACUUUCAGCACCAUGCACGAGCUCGUCACCCACGUCUCGGUGGAGCACGUGGGCGGCCCGGAGCAGAGCAACCACGUCUGCUUUUGGGAGGAGUGUCCCCGCGAGGGCAAGCCCUUCAAGGCCAAGUACAAACUGGUCAACCACAUCCGCGUUCACACGGGCGAGAAGCCCUUCCCCUGCCCCUUUCCGGGUUGCGGCAAGGUUUUCGCGCGCUCCGAGAACCUCAAAAUCCACAAGAGGACCCACACAGGCGAGAAGCCCUUCCAGUGCGAGUUCGAGGGCUGUGACCGGCGCUUCGCCAACAGCAGCGACAGGAAGAAGCACAUGCACGUGCACACCUCGGACAAGCCCUACCUGUGCAAGAUGUGUGACAAGUCAUACACGCACCCCAGCUCGCUGCGCAAGCACAUGAAGGUCCAUGAGUCCUCCCCCCAGGGCUCCGAGUCCUCCCCGGCCGCCAGCUCCGGCUACGAGUCGUCCACGCCACCGGGGCUGGUGUCGCCGAGCGCCGAGCCCCAGGGCAGCGCCAACCUGUCCCCGGCGGCGGCGGCUGCAGCGGCGGCGGCCGCGUCGGCUGUUCACCGGGGCGGAGGCGGCGGCUCGGGCGGCGCGGGAGGCGGCGCGGGAGGCGGCGGGGGCGGCGGCGGGGCGGGCGGGGGCGGCUCGGGCGGGGGCGGCGGGGCGACCGGGGGCCACAGUGGCCUCUCCUCUAACUUCAACGAAUGGUACGUGUGAGCGAGCGACCGGGGAAGGGGGGCUCUCCUUUUUUCUCUUUCUACUACCCCCCUCUUUAUCUCUCACCCUGUUUCCCCUUUCUGGCCAGCGGCUCCCCUCCCCCCCCCACCCUUGUGACCACCAUCGUGAGGUCCAAAUGACCAUUCUGAUUUUUUUUUUUUUUUACGGAGAUGAAAAAGAUUUUACCAGCAGAAGGAUUUUAGACGUCAUUCCCCCCCCCCAUUUUUUUUCCUUGUUAAAAAGGAAAAAAAAAAUAAUAAUCAUCUAGGCAUGCAAAGCAAAACCUUCCCCGGAGUCUCUCUAGAUGAAAAUAUUGCUUAAGAAGUAAAAAGAAGAAAAGUCAAAAUUAGGGAGCCAUCCCAGCCUUUGUUCCCCCCUCCUGCAGCCAGUCUUCUGAGAAACUGUACAUAGCUCAUCCUUCCUUCUCCGAAAAUCGUGAUUUAAUGCCUUCUUGCUGAAUAGAAGUUUGUCCAUUUGUAAGUUUCCCGGCUCACUCUCCAUCCUACCCUUGUGAUGGCUUUUUUUUUUUUUUUUUUGUCUUUUCUCCUCUUUUUUUUAUUUUACUUUAGUUUGACCCGGUGUCUUCUUAUUUCUUCUUUAAAUAAUGUGGAGAAAAUUACCUUAUUUUGUAUCGUGAUAUUGAAUAUUGUGUUCUUUCUCAUGAGGCAACUUGAUUGUAAACUUCAUGCAACUAUAGACUGGAAAAAAAAAACACCGAACUGUGCCAAAGCCCCUUCCCGUCCUCUACCACACCCACUGCACACAUCCGCACACCACCAACGCUCGUGAAUGUAUUUUUUUCUGUUAGCUGGGGUUUCCAUGUGAAGUUUUAGUGCUUUUGCAAGUUCGAUUUGUUAGCUCCUGUAUGAAAGAUUGUGGGGGGGAGGGGGAAUAAACGUUGUACCGUUAGCUUUUUUUUAUUAUUAUUAUUCUCUUCGUAAUAACACCCUUCCUUCUGUAAAUACCCGUUGCCAUAUUUAUCCAUUUGUAAUUAAAUUAUGGUAUUAACUUGCUACAGAGGAAACAAUAUUUAUAAAGAAUGUUUCUUAACUAUAAAUAUGUACAAUUGUGGGCAUAAACUGUUUCAGAUUUUUUAUUUGAAGGUUUUAAGUGGUCUGAUCAUUUCUUGUGAUAUGUUUUGAGAGUAAUGCAUACAGAAAUAUAAUAAAACGUGUUGAAACUGCA